AUGACUGGGAGUAUCAAGGAAUUUGUUACACUGGCUAAAAUAAAAAAUCCAUUAAUCGUUAAGACCCACUGUUUCAUCCACAGAGAAGUGCUGAUGACAAAAACGUUGGGUAGUGAACUCAAUUCCGUUCUGAGUAAUUUCGUUCGUAUGGUCAACUACAUUAAAGGAAAGCCCCUAAAAAGUACAAUUUUUUCCGAAAUUUGUAAAUCAAUGGAUGCUGAUUUCACAAAUUUGUUGUACCAUACCGAAGUGAGGUGGUUAUCCAGAGGAAAGGUUCUGUUACGUCUCUAUGAAUUGAAAGAGGAACUUUUGCUGUUUUUCAUGGAAGAGGAGAACAAUGAAUUUACAUGUUAUUUGGAAGACCACGACUGGAUAUAA